GCAGCAUAACAAUUUGGGUUUUAUCCCUGUACUGGUCGGACACAGAAGGGUUAACAAGCAACCUUACAAAUACCCACCCCCUUCCCGCCCUCACCAGUCUUUUUUCCUUCUGUCCUGGCCGGACCGGGGAUUUGUAUGCUCUACCCACUUGGUUCUUCGGGACCAGAUUCCAGGCACAGUUUUUCAUGCACUUUCUCUGCCUGAAGCCCCUCCGUUGUGAUCGCCAUAGCGCCUUCUCAGGAGUGGGUCCCUGUACAGCCGGGGGGAGGUUGCGUCUGUAGUGGCGCAAGAAAGCAUAUACGUCAUCAAAGGGCGCCUUAUUUUGCCUCCGAACGGGUGCAGUUUUGCCUUUGCACCCGCAUUGACGCAUCUGUGAUGGAUCCGGCUGCCGAGAAAGCUGCUACCUCGAAGGCUUCACGGUGGGUUUAGAACUACUGAGUGUUUUUGCGUCUAAAAAAGUGCAUUACUAAUUGGGUGUUUGUCACUCUAGGCUUACUUCACCUGUUGAAGAUACUGCCAGGAAAAGGCAAAGAUCUCAGGAUAAGGACAUUAGAGCCUGUAAAGCCUGCAAAAAGCCUACAUUACCGGGCAAGAGAUUAUGUGGUGACUGUAUUGCAGAGAUUUUGGAAGGUGACGCUGAUAUUCCACCUGCUCAGAAGCGUAUACCUGCUCAAGACAUUCCUUCAACGUCUAAGGAUGCUUCUCAGUCAGACUUAUUAGCCUGGAUUAAACAGGCAGUAGCCUUAGGAAUUCAAGAGGCAAAGGGUUCUGAAAAUCAGAUGCCUGCUGACCCGCAUUCUAAUCAGAUUGAGGUGAUUAACUCAGACUCUUCUUCUUCAGAUGAGGAGGAAGAGAAUUCAUUUUUUGAUAUGAAAUUUGUUCCAGACCUUAUUAAGGCAGUGAGACACACAUUAGUCCUUGAGGAGCAGGACCAAACAGACACAGGUGUGUUUUUUGCCAGGAAGAAAAAACAUGUCUUCCCAGUGCAUAAGGAGGUGCAAGAUGUCAUUUCUGCAGAAUGGCAAAGGAUGUCUAGGAAAGUUCCGGUAGAGGCAAAGAUGGAGAAGCUAUAUCCCUUUCCUCCAGAAUCCCAGGAAAUUUGGAGCAAUCCUCCAACAGUUGAUGCUCCAGUAGCUAGAUUGUCCAGAAAGACUGCACUACCAAUAGACGAUGUUUCCGCCCUGAAACAGCCAAUGGAGAGAAGGAUGGAAACAGAAUUAAAAAAGUUAUACAUGAUGACUGGAGCCAUGUUGAGACCGGCAGUAUCAUUAGUUUCAGUGAUCAAGGCCCUGUCAAUGUGGAUAGAGGAUUUAGUGCAGAGGACCAGAGAAGGGGAGCCUCGUGAGAAGAUUUUGGCAGCUCUGGAGGAUCUGAGACUGGCGACAUCUUUUUGCCUGGGGGCCGCUGGCGAUUUAACAAGAUUGUCUGCGAGAUCUAUGGCCUCAUCAGUAGUGGCUCGUAGAGCCCUUUGGCUUAAGUACUGGUUUGCAGACACUGCCUCAAAGAAUGCAUUAUGCAGGCUACCAUUUGAGGGCAAGAUGUUAUUUGGCAAAGCUUUGGAGGAUAUAAUAUCCAAAUCAUCUGGAGGAAAGAGCACAUUCCUUCCACAGGCUCCAAGGAGAUUUAAAGAUCCCCCAAAACGUCAAUCAGACAGGUAUUUUUCAAAGAAAAAGGACGACUUUAAAGCUUAUAGGCCUGGUAGGGAGACUUUUAGGUCAUCAUCUUGGAAGACAGGGCAGUCUGGUUUUUUUCGAGGUGGAAAGGCCAAGGCCCCAAGAUCUCCCAAGUCCCAGCAGAAGUCACAAUGACGGGAGGCCUGUCCAGCUUCCAAGAGUAGGAGCAAGGCUUCUUCAAUUUCAGGAAGUCUGGGCGAGACAUUUUCAGGACUCCUGGGUUCUGUCCAUUGUGAGAAGGGGUUACCGGCUGGAAUUCAUACAGAAGCCAAUCCCUCACAAUUUUUUUG